AUGAAGGUGAUCCAGCACUCUGUGGAGACCCUGCAAACAGCUUUGCUCUCCAAUCGUCAGGACUUGGUUAAACAAAACAAAUACCCAAAAGAAGAAAGGCAUCUACUGGAGGAGGGAUUCCACCCAGGGCAGCCAGGUUCCCUUUUCCAACCCUCUGACUCAGACUGGAUCUCCGCUCACCCUGGGGAGCCUCAAGACUUUGAGAGCUUCUAAAGAGACCCUUCUCGCAAGACGCCCAUUGCAAGCCACAAUACUAUAUAUAUUCAAACCAUAGGUUCCUUUGGGGAGGUGGGGGCCCAGACAGACCAGUAUCUGGAGGGGCUCAGAGAAUACUGCCAGGCCUUCUUCUAUGGGCUUCCUGUCAAGUUUCUGCCAGCGGUUACUGUGACUAAAACAAGAUGUUCGUUCAGGGACAGCAAUUCACACAACCUUCAGAUCUUCACUGGUGACCUGCUACACUUCCUGUUGAAUAGGAAACCAAAAGAUGCUUUUUGUAUCAUUGGAAUCACAAUGAUUGACCUCUACCCCAAUGACUCAUGGAACUUUGUCUUUGGAAAGGCUUCUCUUAGUGAGGGAAUGGGUGUUUUCAGCUUUCCCCGGUAUGAUGACACCUUCCACAGCAGCAGCUAUGCUUGGAGGUUGAAGAAAAGGCUUCAGCCAAAGCAGGGGGACUACUCUGUGUUUGACAGAUAUUAUACUCCCCCCAUCACCAGCACCCAGCUGUUGCUUCGAUCCUGCAAGACAAUGACCCAUGAGAUUGGCCAUAUGUUUGGAAUAAAGCAUUGCCAGUGGUUGAGCUGCGUCAUGCAGGGCUCCAACCACCUGGAGGAGUCUGAUCAUAGGCCGCUGGAUUUCUGUCUCAUCUGCCUCGCUGUCGGCUCCAACAUAGCUGAUAGAUACAAGACCUCACUGCACUGGAUGGAGGGGGAUCAGAGUCAAACACCCAGACCAGAGGAGGCCUCUGCCUGUCAGUAUGUGCUCCACUUUCCAAAACCCACUGAAGCCUUUCAGACAUCCAGACUGUGGCUCCACAGGUGUCUGGACAUACUGGGGGGAAACGAUUAACUAUAGUACCUGUCCAUAAAUCAGGAUACGAAAGAAACCAAACAGCUCUGACCUAUUUAAGAUACCAUUUAAAAAGAUGUGCUUAACAUUUCUGCUGCUGUUUGAUUACAAGACAAGGCAGAAUGAAAUGCUGAGUUCAGGUAAGUAUGUUAUAAAUCUAAAUUAAAGAUGCAAUAUGUACAUAAAAUAUUUUUAUGUGAAAGUGUAU